AAUUGGUCUGAAAAAACACACCCCGUCCCCGAUAAUCUCCUCCGCGUCAUCGUAUCUUAAUACCUUCAUCUCCGACUCCUUCGUCCGACCGAGUUUUUCCACCUCCGUUUAGUCUUCUCAGAGUUGUUAGGGCUUCGCUCUCUCCUCUGCUUUCCUCUCGCCAGUACCUCAAUAUCUUCUCCCAGUUCUUUUAAAGCUGGACCGACGCCCUAAGCGUUGCCUCAUAUAUUAAACAUUUCCGACUGAGCUAGAUUUUCGCCUUUCCGGCGGCCAUGACGGUCUACGAAAACUGGGAGCGUCUUGUGCGGGCGACCCUGCAGAGGGAGCAGCUUAGGACUGCUGGCCAGAGGCCCGGCCAAUCCGCAUCGGGGCUCGCUGGGGCCGUACCUCCGUCUCUUGGCAGGACUACCAACAUCGACGCAAUCCUACAAGCUGCAGAUGAAAUUGAGGAUGAGGAUCCCAAUGUUGCGAGGAUCCUUUGUGAGCAAGCAUAUAGUAUGGCGCAAAAUUUGGAUCCAAACAGUGAGGGCAGGGGUGUACUUCAGUUCAAGACUGGAUUGAUGUCAGUCAUUAAGCAAAAGCUUGCAAAGAAAGAUGGCUAUGCAUUUAAUCGUCAACAUGACAUUGAUUACUUGUGGAAAUUUUACCUAAAUUAUAAAGGGAGAUAUCACAUUGAAGAUAUCCAUGAGGAGCAGCAAAAGCUGAGGGAAUCCAGAGUCUUUAGUGGAGAAAUGGAAGCAAGAGUUCUGGAAUUGAGAAGGGUUCAUAGCACACUGAGGGCAUUGAUUGAUGUCUUAGAGUUGCUUGUGGGAGCCUCAGCUACUGAUGGAACUAGUAGACUUAUUAUGGAGGAGGUUAAAAGGAUAAAGAAAUCUGAUGCCACACUUGGAGGAGACCUUACACCGUACAACAUUGUCCCUCUUGAUUCUCCCUCUGUGACCAAUGCCAUUGGUUUUUUCUCAGAAGUAAAAGCUGCAAUAUCUGCAAUUGGAUAUUCCUCAGAUUUACCAAGGAUUCGCGUGGAUAUGUUUGAUCUCUUGGAGUUUGUUUUUGGAUUUCAGAGGGACAACAUUCGCAACGAACGUGAAAAUGUAGUUCUUAUCUUAGCUAAUGCUCAGUCUCGUCUAGGAUUGCCAGCUGAUGUAGAACCUAAAAUGGAUGAAAAGGCCAUCAAUGAAGUUUUUCAAAAGGUAUUGGACAAUUACAUCAAAUGGUGUAGAUACAUUGGCGUACGGAUUGCUUGGAAUAGCUUUGAAGCAAUUAAUAAAAGCCGAAAAAUUAUAUUAAUCUCUUUGUACUUUCUUAUAUGGGGUGAAGCUGCCAAUGUUCGUUUUAUUCCCGAAUGCCUUUGCUACAUUUUUCACCAUAUGGCGAAAGAUUUGGAUGCAAUACUAGACCAACCUGAAGCUGUUCAAGCAAAAUGCUGUACCAGUAGUGAUGGUUAUGUUUCAUACCUGAACGAAAUUAUCACUCCAAUAUACAAAACUUUGGAUGCUGAGGCUAAAAGAAACAAUAAUGGAAAGGCCGCUCACUCAGCAUGGAGGAACUAUGAUGAUUUUAAUGAAUAUUUUUGGUCGCCAUCUUGCUUUCAUCUGGGUUGGCCAAUGAAUAAGGAUUCUUCAUUUCUGUUGAAACCAAGCAAACGGAAGAGGACAGGAAAGAGCAGCUUUGUUGAGCAUCGAACAUUUUUGCACCUGUAUCGCAGUUUUCACAGGCUAUGGAUUUUUCUUUUUUUAAUGUUUCAGGGUUUGACAAUUAUUGCAUUUCAUAAGGGAUCCAUUAACUUGAAUACUUUUAAGAUAGUGCUUAGUGUUGGACCAGCCUUUUUUAUGUUGAACUUUAUAGAGUGUUUUUUGGAUGCUUUUCUGAUGUAUGGUGCUUACAGAAGCGCUAGAGGCUUUGCACUAUCAAGGGUUUUUAUUAGGCUUACUUCUUUUGGUGCCAUUUCUGCAUUUGUAAUGUACCUGUACUUGAAGCUACUAGAUGAAAGAAACAGUAAAAGCUCAGAUUCAACAUACUUUCGGAUUUACCUUCUCGUUCUGGGUGUUUAUGCAGCUAUCCGUGUGGCAUUUUCUCUAAUAGUCAAAAUUCCAGCUUGUCAUAGGAUAUCAAAUGUGUCAGAUCGAUGGCCAUUUUUUCAGUUCUUCAAGUGGAUUUACCAGGAGCGAUACUUUGUUGGCCGUGGUCUUUAUGAAAGGACAAGUGAUUAUGCCAGAUAUGUGGCCUUUUGGUUGGCGAUAUUUGCUUGCAAAUUUACUUUUGCAUACUAUCUCCAGAUUCACCCCCUUGUGGAACCAACUAAGAUAAUUGUAGAUCUGCAAGGGCUAAGGUACUCUUGGCAUGAUCUCGUCUCAAAAGGAAAUAAAAACGCUUUAACUAUCCUCAGUCUUUGGGCGCCUGUUUUUGCAAUCUACCUGAUGGAUAUCCAUAUAUGGUAUACCCUUAUGUCAGCCCUCGUUGGUGGCCUGAUGGGUGCACGGGCUAGAUUAGGGGAGAUUCGCUCAAUUGAAAUGCUUCAGAAGAGAUUCGAGAGUUUUCCAGAGGCUUUUGUUAAAAACCUCGUUCCUAUUCCUGACCAAGCAAGGAGGAUGCCUCUGCCUAGGGAAUAUGGACAGGAACAUCAGGAUCUUAAUAAGGCGAAUGCGGCUACAUUUUCUCCAUUUUGGAAUGAGAUCAUAAAAAGCCUUCGAGAAGAAGAUUAUAUCAAUAAUAGGGAAAUGGAUUUGCUUUCUAUGCCAAGCAAUUCAGGAAGUUUAAGAUUAGUUCAGUGGCCAUUGUUUCUUUUGAGUAGCAAGAUCCCAUAUGCCAUUGAAUUGGCUGGGGGGUGUGAAGAUACACAAGCUGAUCUAUGGAACCGGAUAUCUAGGGACGAGUACAUGGCUUAUGCAGUCCAGGAAUGCUACUAUAAUGCUAAGAACAUUCUGCAAUCUAUAGUUGAUGGUGGAGAGGGAAGACUUUGGGUUGAACGGUUAUUUCGUGAGAUUAACAAUAGUAUAUCAGAGGGCUCUCUUGUGGUUACUGUGUUACUUAAGAAGCUGCAGCUUGUAGCAUCCAGGCUUAACGCUUUGACAGGUCUCCUAACACGGAAUGAAACUCCUGAGCUGGCUCGUGGUGCUGCAAAAGCUGUAGUUGAUCUAUAUGAAGUUGUCACUCGUGAUUUCUUGACACCAAACCUUAGCGAGUUUUUUGAUACAUGGAAUAUUUUAGCAAAAGCAAGGCAUGAGGGAAGGCUUUUCUCUAGAAUACUGUGGCCCACUAAUCCAGAACUUAAGGAGCAGAUUAAACGCUUACAUCUACUUUUAACUGUUAAAGAUACUGCGGCCAAUAUUCCGAAAAAUCUAGAAGCGAGAAGAAGGCUUGAAUUCUUUACGAAUUCUUUAUUCAUGAAAAUUCCUCCAGCGAAGUCUGUUUCUGAGAUGAUGCCUUUUAGUGUUUUCACUCCAUACUAUAGUGAGACUGUGCUGUACAGUUUGUCUGAUCUGAGAGUAGAAAAUGAGGAUGGAAUUUCUAUUCUUUUCUAUCUUCAGAAAAUUUUUCCAGAUGAAUGGGAGAAUUUUCUCGAACGGAUUGGCCGUGGUGAAUCAACUGCUGAGUCUCUACAAGAUAGCUCAAGCGAUACAUUAGAACUGCGGUUUUGGGCCUCUUAUCGGGGCCAGACAUUGGCAAGAACAGUACGUGGUAUGAUGUACUAUAGAAGAGCUCUUAUGCUCCAAAGCUACAUAGAGAGAAGAAGUUAUGCGGGGCUCGAAGAGGGAUAUUCUGGAGCUGAUUUUAUUAAUACCCAAGGAUUUGAAUUUUCUUCUGAAUCGCGUGCCCAAGCUGACAUAAAAUUUACUUAUGUUGUCUCAUGUCAAAUUUAUGGGCAGCAGAAACAGAAGAAAGCACCAGAGGCAGCAGAUAUCGCUCUACUUAUGCAAAGAAAUGAAGCACUCCGAGUUGCUUUCAUUCAUGUUGAGGACAUUUCAUCAUCUGAUGUUAUAGUUAAGGAAUACUAUUCAAAGCUCGUAAAGGCUGAUGUCCAUGGAAGGGAUCAGGAAAUAUAUUCCAUUAGACUUCCUGGAGAUCCCAAGCUUGGAGAAGGGAAGCCUGAAAAUCAAAAUCAUGCCAUAAUUUUUACCCGUGGUGAUGCUGUCCAAACUAUUGAUAUGAAUCAGGACAACUAUCUCGAGGAAGCUAUGAAAAUGAGGAAUCUGCUUGAAGAAUUCAGGGGCGAUUAUGGUAUUCGGGCUCCUACAAUUCUUGGCUUGAGGGAGCAUGUUUUCACUGGAAGUGUGUCCUCGCUGGCAUUGUUCAUGUCAAAUCAAGAAACGAGCUUUGUUACUUUGGGUCAACGAGUUCUUGCAUAUCCUUUGAAGGUCCGUAUGCAUUAUGGGCAUCCUGAUGUUUUUGAUAGAUUGUUUCACAUAACCAGAGGGGGAAUAAGCAAGGCAUCUCGGGUAAUUAAUAUCAGCGAAGACAUUUAUGCAGGGUUCAACUCUACCUUGCGGCAGGGAAAUAUUACGCACCACGAGUAUAUUCAGGUUGGGAAAGGUAGGGAUGUUGGGUUGAAUCAAAUUGCGUUGUUUGAGGGAAAAGUGGCUGGUGGAAAUGGAGAGCAAGUUUUAAGUAGGGACGUCUACCGUAUUGGGCAGCUUUUUGAUUUCUUUAGAAUGCUGUCUUUCUUCUUUACCACCGUGGGUUACUACGUAUGCACCAUGAUGACUGUUCUAACUGUUUAUAUUUUCCUGUACGGAAGAGUAUACCUUGCACUCUCUGGGCUUGAUUCAGCCAUCUCGUUCAAAGCUAAGAUUUCGGGAAACACUGCACUGGAUGCUGCUUUAAAUGCUCAGUUCUUGGUACAAAUUGGUGUUUUCACUGCUGUCCCAAUGAUAAUGGGAUUCAUUUUGGAACUGGGAUUACUCAAGGCUUUAUUUAGUUUUGUUAUCAUGCAACUGCAGCUGUGUGCAGUUUUCUUUACAUUUUCGCUUGGAACCAGAACACAUUAUUUUGGCCGAACAAUCCUUCAUGGAGGUGCCAAAUAUAGAGCAACUGGAAGAGGUUUUGUUGUCCGCCACAUCAAAUUUGCUGAGAAUUAUAGGCUUUAUUCAAGAAGCCAUUUUGUCAAGGCACUUGAGGUUGCUCUGCUUCUCAUUGUUUACAUAGCAUAUGGUUACACAGAGAAUGGUGCAUCGUCAUUUAUAAUUCUCACUAUCAGCAGUUGGUUCCUUGUUAUUUCAUGGCUUUUUGCCCCCUAUCUCUUUAAUCCCUCCGGCUUUGAGUGGCAGAAGACUGUUGAGGAUUUUGAUGAUUGGACUAGCUGGCUUCUUUACAAAGGCGGAGUUGGUGUGAAAGGGGAGCACAGUUGGGAAUCUUGGUGGGAUGAGGAACAGAUGCAUAUACAAACAUUGAGAGGACGUAUCCUGGAGACAAUUUUGAGCCUUAGAUUUUUUAUAUUUCAGUAUGGAAUUGUUUACAAGCUAAAUCUCACGGGAAAUGAUACUUCCCUUGCAAUAUACGGCUAUUCUUGGGUUGUGCUCCUUAUCUUUAUUAUGAUAUUCAAGGUUUUUACCUUUAGUCCAAGAAAAUCUUCCAAUCUCCAGCUUCUGUUGAGGUUUAUACAAGGCGUAACUUCAAUUGGAAUUGUUGUCGCAAUUGUGUUAUUCGUGGCAUUGACGGACUUAUCUGUCGCCGAUCUUUUUGCAAGCAUACUCGCAUUCGUACCAACCGGUUGGGCAAUCUUAUGCAUUGCAAUCACAUGGAAAUGGCUGGUGAGAAGCUUGGGCUUGUGGGACUCUGUGCGAGAGGUCGCUCGGAUGUAUGAUGCUGGGAUGGGGAUGCUGAUUUUUGCUCCUGUGGCAUUCCUCUCAUGGUUCCCCUUCAUCUCCACCUUCCAAUCCCGCCUCCUUUUCAACCAAGCUUUCAGCCGAGGCCUGGAGAUCUCUCUCAUUCUUGCUGGAAACAAAGCUAAUGUUCAAGCCUAAUUUUUCCAUUUUGCACCCUCUUUUUCCUGUUUUGCCGGCAUUUUGUCGCCCCAUCUGUAGCUGAUUGAAGGGAGACUUGUCUAAACUCAUUUUGUAUAGAUUUGUAAUCCAAAUUUUCUAAACCAGUGGUUCUGUUUUAUAUUAUU